AUGGGCGUGCAGGGUCUUUGGGACAUUCUCAUAAAGGCGGGCCGCUCACGCUCACUCGCCCACCUCGCUGUUGUCGAUGGUUUCGAGAAGAACGAAUUUGGCUGCCGAGCAUACCGUGUAGGCAUAGACGCUAGCAUAUGGUAUCAACACGCCACCUUCAGCAAAGGCGGCGAGAACCCCGAGCUCCGACUUCUGUUUUUCCGACUGCGAGCACUAGCAGAACUACCAAUUUUGCCACUCUUCGUCUUCGAUGGUCGCGAGAGGCCAAAGGUCAAACGGGGAAGCAGGAUGGGCAAGGCGGGUUCUCAUAACCUCACGGCUGGCAUGAAGAAACUCCUCGAUAUCUUUGGCAUGGAGUGGAGAAUGGCGUUCGGUGAGGCAGAGGCGGAACUAGCCCAUCUCAAUCGCAUAGGCAUCAUUGACGCUGUCAUGACGGACGAUGUAGACGCCCUGGUCUUCGGCGCUCAAGCCGUCAUCAGGAACGCAAGUCCGACACUGUCAGGUAACAAACCUCAUCCUGCACUGAACACUGAGGGCAAAGCGAGCAAACACCACGUGAUGAUCAUUUCCGCGGACGCCAUUCGUAUACAUCCGGCAGUUGGAAUGUCGCGAGGGGGACUCAUCCUGUGUGCGCUACUCUCGGGAGGCGACUACGACGAUGGCCUCAGAGGAUUUGGCAUCCAGAUAGCCUACGGCCUCGCCCGCUGCGGUUUCGGCGACCGCCUCCUCACAGCGUCCGAGAGACGUUUCCAGCAAGAUAUUCGCGGGGUACUCGGAGCCUGGCGCAUCGAGAUCAACGCGGAGCUGCGUACGAACUCACGCGGGUUCCUUCCGCGCAAGUACCCAUCUCUCUCCUUGCCGGACACCUUUCCGUCGAUGAAGAGCCUCGAGAACUACGCGAACCCGAUCUGCAGCAGGCGUGACAGCGAGCGCGGCGGUGGCGGGGCACUGCGCGACACAGGCGAGCUAAGCCUGCCGCGGAUCGCGGGGUUUUGUGAGGACCACUUCGACGAGUGGGGACACCGGUCGGCGAUCAUCAAACGCUUCCGCGACCUGCUCUGGGGCGCGGCGGUCAUGCGCGUGCUGCGACGCGUCGCGUUGGAGGUGGACAAACGCGAGAAAGAUCGGCGGAUCGCUGCUGGGCAGAACGGCUUGGCAGUACGCGGGCUCCUUACACCCGCGAGACACGAAGGUGUGGGUACCCCCGCCGCGCUGAUAAAGAAGUAUCUAAAUCCGAGCGAGGUGGACCGCUAUGCGGCGGCAUUUGUGCGGCGGGACCCAGCGCCAGCGCUGGUGGCGAGGGAUGAGGGUGAGCUGCAUCCGCUGCUGAAGAAGAUCGUGGGCUCGCGCAAGCACGUGUCGACAGACAAUAUCCUCGAGUACCGCGUUGAGGUGGACCCACACCAGCUUCUCGAGCUGGUGGAGUCCGGGAUCAAGGGAAAACACCCGGAGCCUACCCUUUGCGUGGAAAACGCUACAAACUCCGCGUUCGAGGACGACGACAUGCAGGAAUUCCUCCUUGGAAGCUCCCAGCAGGGGGAGAAGAGUUCCAAGAAGCCGCCACCGGACCCGUACAGCGUUUUGCGCAUUUGGCUGCCUGCGUCGAUCAUGCGGCAAGUACACCCGGGCCUUGUCGAAAAUUUUGAAGCUGCAGAGGAGGCCAAACUGAUGAAGAAGAGCACUGUGGGGAAGCGCAAGAGACAGAGAGAUGAUGACGCCAGUAGUGAUGUCGAUUCCCUGGCCGGCGGCUCUCCGCCCAAGCAGCAGCGCAUGCGCACUAAGAAAGUGCCAGCGGAGGGUCAAACUACAGGGCCUUCUGCAAGGAGUCAAGCUGAGAGCAUCGCCGGGCAGAGCGCCGUACACACCGAAGUCUUCAGCAACCUGGGAAACUCGCUGCCACGACGGAACUGCGGGUUCCUCUUCACAUAUCCCGAUCCCGACGACCCGGACAUGCUCGCCACAGAGGACAAUGACCACGCUGGCCCCAGCAUCGCCGCUGCAGACCCUCAGUUCGAAGAGCCAGUGGCAGGCCCGUCUGGCCGAUAUGAUGAUAUUUUCGACCAGAUUUCGGGCAACUACGCUGCGCCGGCUGCCAAAGAGAAAGGCAAGGCACCAGCGAGGCGUAAGCCAACCAGAGCGUCCGAAGCUGGUGCCGGCGCAAAAUCCCGAGCAAAGGCUACUGGAGCAGCAAGUGUCAUCGCCGCGCCGAGUGACGACAAGCUCCCACCCGCCACGGGUCGGUUGGCCAAGUACGACGACAUGUUUGACCGAAUCCUGGGUAUCAAGCCAGGUCUGUCGGGCAGAAAGAACAAGGGCAAAGCCCCCAUGAGACCUCGAGCGUCUGCUUCAGCGGCAGGGUGCGCUAUCCAGGGCGCAGCGGAGCCCAGCGUGAGCGCAUCAAAGCGCAGAAAGACAGCCGCGGGUGCCGUCGCGUUUCCCGACAUGUGUCUCGGAGACGAGGCCGAUGGCUCAGUAAGGCGCCGAAGCGUUGCAGCAGCGGCUUUUCCUGAUCUCCCAAGUCCCCCCCGGCGCCAACUUCCCCUGCCCGCACCGGCUCCCUUACGGCGUCGUACCACCGUUGAUAGCUCGAACGUCAUUGAAAUUCCUAGUGACGACGAUGCAGAGCCCGUUCCGCGUGCGCGUCCGCGAGUGCCCGACACCACCAAGGAGCUAGCUUCGGCGAGAAGUGCGCUUCGGCGACAUCCUUUGGAGCCUUCUUCUUCCCAAGACAGCGGGCUCGGCCUCGACUCAUUCCUACAGGACACGGAAGUGGUGUUCGACUUCACUUGA